AUGACGGCACCGAAAGUCACCGAAGGCACCGUGGCCUUUAACUACCCUACACUCCCCAAGCCAUGCGAAACAUGGUACAAAGUCUACGGAGACCUGUCGUCGGCGUCGGCGUCGUCGUCGCCUUCAGCUCGCCGGCCACUCGUCAUCCUCCACGGAGGACCAGGGUUGUCUCACAAUUACCUCCUCAACCUGUCGCGGCUGGCGGGCGACACGGCGACGGCGCUGGUCUUCUACGACCAGGUCGGCAGCGGUCAAAGCACGCACCUCCGCGAGAAGCGGCUCGACGAGUCCUUCUGGACGGUGGAGCUCUUCAUGGCCGAGCUCGACAACCUGCUCGACCACCUGGGCAUCUCGUCCUCGUUCGACCUCUUCGGCCACUCGUGGGGGGGCAUGCUGGGCUCGCAGUUCGCGGCGCGCGGCCACGCCGGGCUCAGGAAGCUGGUCCUCGGCAACGCGCCGGCGAGCAUGCCCCUGUUCGUCGCGAGCUGCGGGUCGUGGCGCAAGCAGCUGCCGGCCGACGUCGACGACGCCAUCUCCCGCCACGAGCGCGACGGCACCUACGAGGACCCAGAGUACCAGGCCGCCGUGACCGAGUUCUACAAGCGCUUCGUGUGCAGGGUGUUCCCUUUCCCCGGGGACUUCCAGGACUCGAUCGCCUGGGCGGAGAAGGACGACACCGUCUACAGGACCAUGAACGGACCGAGCGAGUUCACCGUCACCGGCAACCUCAGGACCUGGAGCGUGGAGGACCAAGUGCACAAGAUCACCGUGCCGACUCUUCUUUUGAAUGCCGACUACGACGAGGUGAAUGAUAGUAUCAUCUCAAACCCAAAAACACGAACAGGCGCUGACAUUGUUGUUCCUGGGACGGCGAAAAAAAGCUGCUUGUACCCUUUCUUCAACGGCAUUCCAAAAGUCAAAUGGUACAAGUUCUCCGAUACGAGCCAUUGUACGAACCUCGAGAUCCCAGAGAAAUACUGCCAGGUCAUUGCCGAUUUCCUGCUCAGCUCUUCUUAG